GCCCCUAUGAGAGCCGGUUGUUGCCUUUGUGUAGAAUUGAGGUAGGAGGCCGGAGUCGUUGUCAGUAAUUUCGCUGAGUAUGGCAAUAGGAGAAAAAUAGGCCGAAUCCGACCAUCUCUCUCGCUAAAUAUCUUUUGAUGGUGCAUGGCGUAUUUACAUAGUGGCUGGACAUUUGCGGCGUCAUAUAUGAUGUUAUUGGAAAAUCUUUUGAUUGGAGUUUCAAAGUGUUUGUUUACGCAUUUUCUAAUGAUUUUGCGUUCAAAAAUUUCAAGUUCGGAGACUACUACAGGAGAAAUUGAGAACCAGAUAGGAAAUCCAUACAGCAGUAAUGACCUGAUUGCAACUUUAUACAGCAAUAGUUUAGUGCUUUGCGAAAUCAUUUAUCAACUUGAGAUGAGCGGAUGCAUUGCGGAGAGCCAGCUGAGGAGAAGGAUGAUGUCCAUAUAUCAAGCAGUCGUCGGCAUACAAGACUGCCUGCGAGUCUCGGCUGGUGUGAGGAAAAUCGUACAAAAGAAUGUUAAAUAGAAAAGGCGCUAAAACACUCCCCUGAGGAACUCCACUACCGACGCUGCCCGGAGAUGAAAUCGUAUCUUGAAUCUUCACAGUGA